GCUGCCACACGCUGGGCGUGUUACUUCACAGUGUGGUGGUACGGAGCAGCAGAAUGACCCGCUGGGCUCUUUUGGCUCCCCUGCUGCUGGGCCUGACCCUCCGCGGGCUGGUCGGUCAGGAGGCAGAUGGGCAGACACCACCGCCGCCGCCACCGGCUCAGGCCUCAGAGGGGGCAGGCGAGGACCCGGAGUGGGGUCUGAACUCUCUGAGGGGGGGCUUCGAGACCGUCAGUGGAUACUUCGACUCCAUGCUGGAGUUCAUGGGAGGGCGAGAUGGAGUCUGCCAGUACCGCUGUCGUCAUGGCGGGGCCCCAGUCCCUCGUCCAGACUACCAGAUGCCAGAGCCCGAUGGCUGCGGCUCCUACUUUUUCGGCUUGCCGAUCCCUGAAGGGAUGGACAUGGGAGUCCCUGCCAUGACCAAGUGUUGUAAUCAGCUGGAUAUGUGCUACGACACGUGUGGCUCCAACAAGUAUCGCUGCGACUCCAAGUUCCGCUGGUGCCUCCACAGCAUCUGCUCCGACCUGAAGAAGAGCCUUGGCUUCGUGUCCAAAGUGGAAACCUGUGAAACUGUGGCCGACACCUUGUUCAACACGGUGUGGACUCUGGGCUGCCGGCCGUACAUGAACAGUCAGAGAUCAGCUUGCCUUUGUCCUGGAGAGCAGAAGGACGAACUGUGAAUGAACCACUGGGAUAUUUAUUCUUCAAUGAGUUUAAGUUAUUCUGAUAUGUUCUGUCUGUGGGUUUAUGAUGUUGUUGACUGAGUUACUAAUCGAGGAUGUACUACUAACUAACUUGUGUUUAUGAGAGUCUGGCCCUGCUGGAAAUUAAGUGUUUAUUGACAACAGCAAGAGUAUUAAUAAAUAAUUUAGUUAGACGAUUGAACCCUUUAGAACAUUAGACUUUUUGUUAUGUUUUUAUUACCUAUUCAAUCUGAAUUACUGCAGGUGUAGAUAUCAAAAUUUAAAAAAAUAAAAGUCCAUCUCUGUCCAAUUGUUAUCGUGAUCUCUGCUGGCUUCCUCUUGAUAAGAGGUCACCAAUAACCAAUACCACAGAAAAUUAAUAGGAAUCUGCAUUAAAACAUAACGUUAAAUGUUAGCAUUUAUUAAGUUGCGUCGAGUUGAAGUUCACAAAAAAAAUGGCCGCCUCGCUCGAAAGUUUUGAACGUUUUCUGUUUUGAACUGACAGCAACAACUACAAAAAAACAAAAAAAAACCAAAAGUGACUCACUUGUCUUGAAGUUUUUUGUUGCAUUUCAACACGCAAGCGCGAAACUCUGGUAACUGAAAAGUUCAAAACACAUUCACAGACUAAGACACUUUCUGACACUUUUUUCACUCAGCAAAAAAAAAAAAAAAGUUUGCUAAAGAAGUUUGUAAAUUUGUUUGAAAAGUAAAUGUGUUUCGCUAUUUGAAAAUUGGAUUCAACACUUGUAUUGAUCACCAUGACUUGAAAAAAAAUACAUGAAAUACAAAUGUACAAAAUCUGUGACCUACACUAACCAACUCUAGAAUAAACAUAAACCAAGUCUGAAAGCAACGUUGCCUUGCUUUUGAGCGGGGCAUCCUGAGAGGGAAGGUGGAGGAGCAGGUCUCUCAGCAACACUCACCUGCUCUGCCAUGACACCAUGGACUCCAGUGGUGACUUGUGAAGCUCAGCUCAGGACAGAGUUGGACCACAACGGUACAGGAAGUAGUGUCUUGGUUUCAGUACCAAUAACGCGAUUGAGAGUUUUAUUCAUAAAAAGAGGCAUG